AACUGCCCAUCUUUUGCUUUUCCUCGCUCCCUUCCCUAGAUCUAAUUGCUGGAUCCUGCCUCCUCGUCUGGGAUUUCUCUAGCAUCCAGGCUGCUGCCCCUCUCCUCCAUUUGCCUCCCACCUGUCAGUUCCCGAGGAUUAUCGCGGCCCACCUCCCCCACCCGUCAGCCCAUCUAACGCCCAGCUGACUCAUCGACGCGCUUCCCCAGACCUCUGCUUUCCGCGUGUUACUUCCCCUCCAGGGGAACACCCACGGCUGGCCUCAUGGAGUGCAGCAUACCAGAGCCGGGAACUACUGGUCUGAGCCCCUCACUGCACAGAAGGGAAACUGAGGCUCGCGAGGGAAAGAUGUCACCCCAAGUCCCCAGUAGAGCCUGGAAGUGCAAAUUUCACUUCGUGUUCACGUUGCCCUUCCCUCUAGCUCCAUCCUACUCAUUUAUUUCAUGAGAAAAUGGACAUGUUCUGCGCCAGGUACCAUUCUGAGAGCUGGAGACAAGCGAGAACCAAACAGGCGGCAAAGAUUCCUGCUCACACAAGGUCCCCGGACCCGGGGAAGGGGAGGGAGACAGACACAAUCAGUCAGCCAGAUGGUAUGCUGAAGGGCAAAAGUGCCCAGGAGGAAACGACCAAUGAAGCCAGGCUAGGCGCACUGGGGGUGCACAAGGGACAGGGAUGAUGUCAUUUAGAGGGCGACAGAAGGAAUCUGCGUAGGAGAACCACAUCAGAGGGAGAGGACCAGGCCAGAGGGACUCAUCUCUCCCCGGGGCACACACACACACCACUGUGGCCCGAGUGAGGGGAGUGGGGACGCAGACUUGCCCAGGGAGGGCUGCGGGGGGAGGAGCCCAUCCUCAGGCUUUCUGUCCUGGGCCUCUGUGAGGUGGAAGCCUGGGACCCUCUGUGGACGUGGCCACAAGUGGCAGCUUUGCCCCCCACCGUGGGCUUUCGGAUCGUUGGGAAGGACCCCCGAUGCAGCCCUCAUGCCCAGCCUCAUGUGCACACAUCACUCCCCAGAGCCAGUCUUGCCCAGACCUGCUUGGCUCACUCCCCGCAGAUGCUGGGCCGGGCUGUGUGUCCCAGGCCCUUAGACUCAGCCGCAUGUGAAGCUUUCUCAUUGUGUCCCAGGCACCGGUCUCCUUCCCGCAGACCCGAGGCACUGUCUAGCGGCAAAGAUGCACGGCUCCCCAAGCCUGGCACGAGAACGUGUCUGCAGUUUCCCUGUUCUUGGGAGCUUGGCCUUUUCUCUUUCUUCCUCCCCCACAUUGGAGACGUCCCCCUGGGGACUUGGAUCACCACUGGGAUCCCCUGCCUUGGACUCUCUGGGGUGCACACUGGACUGAAGGGGGGAUCAGCUCUGCAUCCUCAGAUUCUAUUUCUGGAAGACCCCGAGGAUCAUCUGCCUCCCCUGCUUCCCAGUUUCCACCAUCCUCCUGUCACCUCAUCCCUUAGCUGGGCCCCAGGAUCCCAGGUCCCACCUGUCCUUGGGGCUUCUUCUCACCCUGCCUCACCCACCCCUGCCUCCUCUCAGGCUCGCUUCCCAAGCCCAGAAGCAGCCAGGCUUUGGAAAGGCACCUUAUCCCCACCCGUGGAGGGGCCCCCAGUGUCCGCCUCCCACCCCACGGCGGCUGAGAGCCCCACGUGACUGUCCAAGGCAGAUGUUUCCUGCUCCCUGGGGAAUGCUGUGUCAGUGGCCAGGCCAGCCGCAGAGCUGACAUCUCCCUGACCCGCCAUGGGCCCCAACCUGCUCAUGCUGUUGCUGGUGGGACUGGCAGGCCAGGCCUCCACCAGCUUCCCGGAGGUGCUGCAGGCCCCCGUAGGGGGCUCCAUUCUGGUGCAGUGCCACUACCGGCUCCAGGACGUCAAGGCUCGGAAGGUGUGGUGCCGGUUCCUGCCCGAUGGGUGCCAGGCCCUGGUGUCCUCGGCUGUGGAUCGCGGAGCCCCGGCGGGCAGGCGCAUGUUUCUCACGGACCUGGGGGGCGGCCUGCUCCAGGUGGAGAUGAUUACCCUGCGGGAGGAGGACACCGGCGAGUACGGCUGCGUGGUGGAGGGGGCGGCGGGGACCCAGACGUUGCACAGGGUGGCCCUGGUUGUGCUCCCUCCAGCUCCUACCCCGAAAGAGGAGGAAGAGAACUAUAAGGUUGGAAGUCUGGCUGACGGCCCCUUCUCAGACACCAUGGGCAGUGCCAGCCCUUUGGAACCCAGCCAGGAUGAGAAGAGCAUCCCCUUGAUCUGGGGCGCUGCGCUCCUGCUGGGCUUGCUGGUGGCAGCAGCUGUGCUAUUCGCUGUGAUGGCCAAAAGGAAAGGGACCAGGCUUGGUGUCUGUGGCCAAUCUCAGAGCAGCAGAGUUUCAGGCAAGGCCUCCUCCUCAGUGGUCCACCACAUCAGUGACUCUGGCCUCGGAGUUGAUUUUCCAUCGGACAUACCGUAUGCUAGGCUCGACUCGCCACCUUCCUUUGACAAUACCACCUAUAGCAGCCUACCUUUUGAUCCCCCAUCAGAGGACUCUCCAUCCCCAGCCCAAUCCUCAUCGCCCCCUCUGCCUCCUAAAGUCCUGAUGUACUCUAAGCCUGUGACAUAUGCCACAGUUAUCUUUCCUGGAAGGGACAAGGGUGGAGAGGCCACCUGUGAGCCAACCCAAGAUCCACUGACUAGCCAAACACCACCCAGCUAAGCUGUUCAUCAUACUAUUUACCACAGAGACCAUCCCCAGAGUUCUAUGCAUCCAGCCAGCCAGCCCAUACCCUAGAUCCUUAGUAUAUCAGAACAGCUAGGGACUUUAGGAUCUAAUCUAACCUCUUGACUUUUCUGAUGUGUAAAGUGAUACUUAUAUGUGAUUGAGGUAUCCUAGGAACGAACCCCCCAUGCUGGUUCCUCUGCCCUUAAACCACUGAGCUAAAUAAACUCUGAAUGAUAAUA